CAGGCAGCAUGGCUGAGGAAAAUUCGUCUGCACAGAACUCGGAACAGGGAUCAUCUUCCUCUGAAAAAGCUGCAAAAUUUCAAAAAUCAAAAGAUGAAGAUUUUGGAUACUUCUUUUAUCCAGAAAGGGAAGGAGCUAAGCAACCGUCGUUUUGGGAUGGAGUAUUUUCAGGGCGAAGUGCUGGAAAUCGCUUCAAAUGCGAAACCAAUGUGCUGUGGUGUGUUCAGAAUAAUCCAAUGGUCAAGUUGAUGAUGAGAGCACUGAAAAGUCAUGGCUGUGAGGUCAGUUUAAGAAGACAUGUUUCAUGUGAGAACUGUGUAGGUAGUGUCAGUGGAGGAUUUGAUCCAGUGGCUAAUCAAGUAGUUGUAUGUCAGAAUACAGCAUUGAGGAGACAGACAUGUUGCAAUGUCCUCGCACAUGAAUUUCUUCAUGCUUUUGAUUACUGUAGAGCUAAUGUUGAUUUUGAAAAUUUGCACCAUUUGGCCUGUACAGAGAUUCGAGCUGCCAACAUGAUGCAUUGCUCAUACCUGGCUGCGUUGUUUGCUGGAGAUGCAUCACCUGUGAACAUAAAGAACAGACACAGAGAAUGUGUCAAGAGCAAGGCCUUGCUGUCUGUGUUGAUGGUCAGGAAUGUGACUGAGGAGAAGGCGCGGGAGGUUGUGGAUACAGUUUUUCGACAAAUGUUACAGGACUUGGAGCCCGUUGGCCGCAGACCGCGAAAAACAACCAGGGACCCAGAGAGAGCCCUGUACGAAGGGCAGUUUUACGGGAUACACAAAAUGACACAGAGGAUAUGUCCAAAAUGAUAGAGUCGAUGUGAUUCUUGAAAGUUAUGUUACAAUGUUGUUCUGAUUAAUUUAUCGCGUAUAAACCAAGUUACAGAACUGAUGUUCAUAAAUGAAGUGUGGGGGUUAAAGAGGUUUGUCAAGAUUUAGGCUUAAUACGAGGUUGAGCUAGGACCAUUUUAAUCUCCUUGUUUUAUAUGAGCGGGGAUACAGCUUGAGAGCAUAUUUUGUCAUUGCACUCUGUACAUUUUUGUUGAAUUCUGCUAAAACUUGAAAAGGCGUUAUUAUGACGCGCUAACUUCAAGAAUUAUUUUCCACGCUUCAGAGAUGAAUUGUGAUCUGAAAUACCCUGUAAAUAAACUCCUUUAUAGCUUUCAACGUGACGGUUUUCUGAAUUUAAAAAAAUAUCAGAUCUUGUCAACGCAACUUUACAUAUAACUUUCAACCCGUCACAUCAAAAACUUUGAAUAUCUUAUGGUAUUUGUCUAAAGAUGUGCAUGCGUGUUAAAUUUUGGAUUGCCCUGUACCAAUCGUUUUUAAUGUUCUUGUUUGUUAAAAGGUGAUAACAAGACAACGUUUUGUUUUAGACGUCUAAAAUUUUGCAUUUAACAUCAGUACACUUUUUACCUAAUUGUGCUUAGGUCAUGGCGCUAAUGCGUCUAAUAUGGUACAGGGUAAACAUUUAUAUCAAAAGUAAGUGCUCAGAACGUCUUGUGACUUUACGGCUUGGUCAGAGGGAUCAAGUGCUUGCAUAGUCGACCUCGAAGCUUUCACCUUACAAUCUUUGCUACAUAUCCAUUUUAAAUGAUCGUAGAAAUAAUUGUCAGUGGAAAUGGAAAGAUGAAAUCGGUUAAAUUGCAUGAAAUGUCCGAAUGGUCCUCUAUAUGAUAAUAAAGUGUCUGCCCAUACAUGUUAAAUGCAUUGUGGGUUUCGAAGUCGGGUAGGGGACAAACUGCGACCAAGGCAAAUAUUAACACUUAUAUGUGGAAACACCAGGUGUCGCCCACCUAGCCUAAACUAUUACUGUCCUUCUCUUGCCUUCUGAACAAUCGCAAACGUAGGAAAUGUGCAGAUAUGACGGGUUACAAAUGUGUAGCUCUCGGAAAAUGCGCAAGCUAUUUUGCCCUGAUAUUUCUGGUACUUUCUUGCUCUCAUGCGGUACAAAGCGGUCAUCUAUUACACUGCUUUGUCCUGCGAAAUACCAUCUUUCGUAAGGCGCAGACAAGAGUUGCAAUCGAACUGGUCCAUUGGUCCACUGGUCCAGAAAUGAUUCUCUUUAUAAUUCCAAGCUAUGAAGGAUGAACAGACGCCAAUAUUUCCGUCAAUGCUUCCUUUUUUGAUGGCUGGAUGUUGGUUCGCAUCGGUUACUCUCAAUGUACAUGCAAGCCUACGGCCAAGUGCAGAGGGCGGGCCAGCCCCUUACCAAGACUCUUUCAAAAUACCCCUUAUAUCUAUCCCGUUCGCUAUGACAGAAAGUUUGGAAUGUUCCCGGUGUGGCCAAUCUUACCUCCUAACCAUUAAAACAAAUCACACAAUGUUUCCGAUACACGUAAUACCAAUGCAUCGCCAUCUACCAGAAACAGUUCUGCUCUUACAAUAAACUAAUUCCGGAUGUAUACAUCAUUGUUUCACUUUAGGGCACCGAGCGUUUGUGUAUUUUACAAACAUAGCGAGGCAUGCACCUAACUCCAUGCAGCUAUAACAAUCACAGUACCUUUACAGAUAAAACAUACAAGAUUGAAGGGAACCAUAAUCCAUAUAUUCUACAUUUCUGUUAAUAUAUACAGGUAGGGAUAUGAAAUGACUGUUGACACUAACCUAUUGAUCUGAU